GGAUGUAAAUGAGUAUUGGGUUUCGUCGCAUUGGAAAGAUGAAAUUCUCCGCGUAUAAGCGCUAUACCACUGUUGUAUAUAUACGCAAAAGUUUGUAUAGGAGAUGUAAGUCUGCCAAUUAAAAAUUCCGUUUCGGUUGGCUACUGUAGUAUUCCUGGUGUGCCAUUGAUGAAUAAACGAUCGUUGUCGGUACAGUUUCGUCGGAAACAGGUAGUACGAGUGUUUUUCCCCCUUUGUUGCCGUGUUAUAUAUCACACGCAUCUACUUCCGAUCCGUGAACAAAUCUACUGACAUCGAAGCGAUCAGUGUGACGGCAGAUGCGUGUCGGUAAAGUGUGUUUUGGUUAUCGCGAUCGUACGGCGCAAGUAAACAGUGAAACAGAAUUUUUUACUCGUAUUCUCCAGGCGGAUACCACUGGUCGCAGUAAAUCGCGGAAACAUGUCAAAUUACACAAUAAACUCGUUACCUAGUGAAAUAAUCGUGCGCAUUUUAGAGGACAAACAACUCGGCUUCUCCGAUGUGAUUAAUCUCAGUUUUACGUGCAAAAACUUGCAUAAAAUCAUUGACAACGACAAUGAACUGUGGAAGAGGAAGUUUUUUCAAAGAUGGCCAAUUCUGGAAGAAAUAUAUAGGACUAAUAAACCAAAAGGUUGUAUUGUAAAUUGGAAGGAAGAAAUUGAGAUUAGUUUAAACAUCAGAAAAAAAUUAUUAUAUCAGUUAUCCUUAAUGUCUAGUAAACACUAUAGGCAGGGUGAGUUACCAAAUUCUGCAUUUAAAGUGUUUGAUCCUCUCUUUCGUGUAGAGGAUGGUGCUCACCCCUUUGCUUAUUAUUUUCUUGUGGAUGAACUGAUCAGCUUAAUUAAAGCCCCUGCACUAACCAACAAUUUAACACAUAGAUAUUAUGCUCUCAAAGUAGUUGAAUACUUGAAGCAGAACCAUUUAAAGAAAGAAUGGCAGAAGUUUAUAUCUCUACCACCAAGUGAACAAACUUUAGAAAAGGGUGCAACCAUUGUAGCACAGUGGGGCCAACCAGAGAGGCAUGUGACAUACUCCUAUAUAUUAUCUCUGUUAGAUACUAUUGCAGAGCAAACCAAAGCACUACUCAAAGAGCGUUAUCCAGCUCAUUCCAUAUUCUCAACAUCACCAGAACAAUUCGCGUUUUGGAAAAAUAACAUUAUCGAUGAUAAUCAAUGGAGCGUUCCAGAGACAAAACAAAUAACAGAUGCACUAUGCAAAGUAUUAUUCUACAAGUUUGGAUUUUAUGGUAGUAAUGAAAUGUAUUAUUCCUCAGAAAAUUCAUUUCUAGAUCGUGUUUUGGAACACACGCGUGGUAUUCCUAUAACUCUAGCGAUAGUAUUCGAAAGCGUUGCUCGAAGACUCGGUGUACGUUGCGAACCAGUCAUUUUUCCAUCCCAUUUCUUACUGCGAUGGAAGGAAACAUAUGGACCUGACUCUGAAAAUGUGGAAAAUUUUUAUAUCGACGUCUUCAAUGACGGUGAAUUUAUAACCAAGGAUAAUUGUCCCCGUAUUAGUGGCGUUUCAAAAUGUCCGAUAGAAAAGUAUAAUGUCCAUAGGCCAGCGACAGCCGUGGAAGUAGUAAGAAGAAUGGCGAGCAACUUAGAGAUAGGUGUGAGGCAACAAACACAUAUGAAUUGGAGAAUCUCAAGAUUACGUUCUACACUUGAACUUCGGCACAUGGUGCAACCUAAUGAUCCCGAUCCAAUUUUAAAGCUGGGUUCCUUAUACGUCGAACAAAAUAUAGAUUUAACAGAACUCACGGAUAUGUUAAGAACUCUGCAGAUGGACUCGAAAUCAUCAGACUGCUGGCAAGCAAGGGUAAUUUUUUAUGAACUUGAAAGAAGACAAAACGAGUUGUUACCAGUGGUAGAGGAAGUAGCACCGAAAAAGAGAGGGCCGGAUGUUUUGUAUGCGAUAGGAAUGAUUAUGAAGCAUAAAAUUCAUCAGUUUUUAUGCGUGAUAACAGGGUGGGAUCCAAUCUCCACAGCAACAUCGUCCACAAUUGUAAUGGCUAUACGUGAAUUAAAAAAAGGUGAAAAGCAACCAUUUUACGAAGUACUCGCAGAUGAUGGAUCGUAUCAGUAUAUAGCCCAAGAAAAUUUGGUCGUGGCUGUGGAACCGGAAUGGAUUAAUAAUCGUCUUAUCGGUAAAUACUUCUAUAAAUUCAAUGGUAUGUAUUAUUUACCAAACGAGGAAAAAGCGAAAGAAUAUCCAGAAGAUGAGGAAGCUCGUAAUAGAUACUUGCAAAAACUUUUUAACAAAGGCUAUUUACGAACUGAGACGUGCACAUAGUAAUAAUAAUGAAAUAAGUAUUAAUUCAUUAGAGAAAUGCACAGAUAAUACUGUAACCAAAAAAAAAAUU